AUGCUUCUCUUGGAUUAUCAAAACGUUCUGAUCCAAUCUCUCCUAACGGAGCGGUUCUCUGGUGCUACCCCGGCAUCGAUUGACCAAGUGGUCUCCGACUUUGACGGAGUGACCUUCCACCUCUCGACCCCCGAGUCUAAGACCAAGAUCCUCAUUUCCAUCAAUGUCAAGUGUUUCAAGGAGCUCGUUCAGUAUGGCGCCCAACAGGUGCUGGAGCGGGAAUAUGGCCCCUACAUCGUGACCCCGGAGCCCGGCUAUGAUUUCUCAGUACAGGUCGACCUGGAGAACCUUCCCGCCGAGGAAGAAGCUCGGGAGGAGUUGAUUAUGAAGCUCGCCCUGUUGAAGCGCAACGCUAUGGCUGCUCCCUUUGAGCGGGCGUUCGAUGAGUUCACCAAACUCGCGGAGGAGGCGUCGCAAUACACAUCAGAGUCGGCUCCACAAGGUGUGAAAGAGGGUGGAGAUGUCAUGGCGAUUCACUAUCGCGAGGAAGAGGCUAUCUAUAUCAAGGCUAGCUGGGAUCGCGUGACGGUGAUCUUUAGCACAGUUUUCCGCGAAGAGACGGACCGAAUCUUCGGCAAGGUCUUCCUGCAGGAAUUCGUUGACGCUCGACGCCGUGUGGUGACGCUACAGAAUGCACCCCAGGUGCUUUUCCGCAGUGACCCGCCACUUGAGUUGGAAGGUGUUCCUGGAUUGAAGAACACUGGUGAGGGCGAGAUUAGCUACGUCACUUUCGUUCUGUUCCCCCGGCACUUAACCCCCCAGCGCCGAUAUGAGAACAUCUCCCACAUCCAGACCUUCCGUGAUUACUUCCACUAUCAUAUCAAGGCCUCGAAGGCGUAUAUCCACACCCGAAUGCGCAAGCGGACAGCGGACUUCCUCCAAGUUCUCAACCGUGCUCGACCCGAGAACGAAGAGCGCGAGCGCAAGACCGCCAGUGGCCGAACUUUCCGUGUGCAGAGCUAG